AGUAACUCAGGAAGCUUCAUGGCCUCUCAAGAAUCUCAGGGACAAACCAACCCAACUUUUAAGGAUUACGCCCCUGGUUCUUCUGACCCUCCUGGACAGAAUAAACCUGUUGAACCAACAAGUCUCUGGAAGCAAACAUCACACCCUCAUAACUUGCCACCUGGUCUGGAGUACCUGAACCAGCUGGACCGGAUAAUUAUUCAUCAGCAAGUGGAGCUCCUUGAAGCCAUAGUUGGCACAGAGACCUCCAGCAAAUAUGCGAUAAAAAACCAUUUGGGACAAAGAGUUUACUUUGCAGUAGAAGAAAAUGAUUGCUUUGAUCGUAAUCUGUGUUCGCCUAUAAGGUCUUUCACCAUAAGGAUUGCUGAUAACAUGGGCCAAGAAGUGAUUACAGUGAACAGACCCUUGAGAUGCAACAGCUGCUGGUUCCCCUGCUUCCUGCAACAGUUAGAAGUUCAGUCCCCACCAGGUACAAUAGCUGGAUAUGUUGUACAGAACUGGGACCCUUUUCUGCCAAAGUUUACUAUACAGAAUGAAAGUAAAGAAGAUGUACUAAAAGUAAUUGGCCCAUAUGCAACUUGUGGCUGUUUUGAAGACGUUGACUUUGAGGUAAAAACUCUCAAUGAGAUGACAACGAUUGGCAAAAUUUCCAAGUAUUGGUCUGGAUUUGUAAACAAUGUCUUUACCAACACUGCCAACUUUGGGAUCCAGGUCCCUGUAGAUCUUGAUGUGAGAAUCAAGGCAGUAAUGAUUGGUGCUUGUUUCCUCAUUGACUUAAUGUUCUUUGAAAACUCUUUGGAUGGAUUAUAACAAGAUGACAGAAACAAUAAAAUAUGCAGAAUGUGUUUCAAAAUCGCUUGAGCUUUGGACAUGAUUUUGAACUUCACAAAUCCUUGUUCCUUACAGGAAAAGAUAGGGAG